GUGUAGCGACACGUCGUCUGUUUAUGUGUUUGCUACAAAUACAUAACGUUUGUUGAAGCUUUCUGCUUUUUUCGUGCCAUACUAGGUAACGUUUACACCCUUAACGUGGUUUAUUUUGUUUACAGAAUGGAGCGCAGGCAUAAAGAGAUCCUUCGACAGAAGAGGAGAGAUCUUGUGUUGAGUUUAAACCCUUCUGAUGUCUACGAUGGACUUCUGUCGAGGGGCAUCUUUACUGACGAUAUGAUUGAUGAGAUAAAGAUCUCUGGACCAAGACGUUCUCAAGCCAGGCAGCUGGUGAGGGAUCUAGAGACAAGAGGAAGUCUGGCCUUUCCAGCCUUCUUGGAGUGUCUUCGAGAAACUGGGCAGCACUCUCUGGCUGAACUGCUGGAGAGUGGAGAUGCCGUUCCUGUACCUGUUCCUCUCCCUGUACAGCCGAGCAUAAUCCCUCUCCCUGUCUGGAAUCUUUUUUAUUUUAAAAAGCCAGAAGGAGGUGAUGAUCCUAAAAAGCUGAUUCCGUUGAAACCAAAUACGUUGCCUAUUGCAUCUAUUGAGGAUGAAACUAAAAUACCUAGAUCACCAAGGCCCAGAAGUGACAGCAUACAGUCCUAUAAGAUGGAAGCAAGUCCAUGUGGAGUCUGUUUGAUCAUCAACAAUGUGGAAUUUGACUCUGGCUCUGAGCUAAAGAAUCGCUUGGGGUCUGAUAUCGACAGCGAAAAGCUGGAGAGACGAUUCAGAUCUCUCAACUUUUGUGUUCUUGUUAAGAGGAACUUAAAAUGCAAACACAUACGACACGAGCUGGCCACACUAGCUAAAAUGGAUCAUUCUGUGUAUGACUGCUGUGUGGUGGUCAUAUUAUCACAUGGCACUGAGGCAAGUCAUAAUCGCUUUCCUGGAGCAGUUCAUGGUGUAGAUGGUCUCUCAGUCCCAGUACAGAUCAUCACUAACUACCUCAAUGGGCAGAACUGUCCCUCUCUGCAGGGCAAGCCCAAAGUCUUCUUCAUCCAGGCUUGUGGAGGAGGCGAGACAGACACAGGCUUUGAGGUCUCUCCCGAUGAGGUACAGCACACAUCACCAAGGCUAGAUGAGCAGGUGGACGCUAUUCCCGCAUCCUCCAGCAGUGACUCGCUCAGCUUGUCUGAUGAACCAGACGCUCGGGCCACCCUUCCCACACCCAGCGACAUCCUAGUGUCCUACUCAACAUUUCCAGGAUAUGUAUCAUGGAGGGACACAAACAACGGCUCGUGGUAUGUGGAGACUCUGGAUCGUGUCCUGGAGAACAAUGCUGACACUGAUGACCUUGCCACCAUGUUAAUGAUGGUGAACAACGAGGUCUCUCAAAUAUCCGCUAAGGGCCUGUACAAACAGAUGCCUGGAUCAUUCAACUUUCUCCGGAAGCUGUUCUACUUUCAGGUCUUGAAGACAUAAGUCUUUAGUGACGUGCUUAACAAAGAAAAUAUGAAUAAAAAACGAGCAUCAAGAUUAAAACUGGUUGAUCCUUAUUUUAAAAAAAAUGGUUACAUUCAAUUUAAUGGCUACUGAAUUAAAUCCAGAAACUGCAACUAGACAUAUCAUUGUACUGUAUAAAUAAAUGUUUACCUUGUUACUGGAUUCAAAUUGUUUUUGGAUUCCAGGAAUGACUUUUAGUACUUUGUGAUUUUUAGAUUUUCUACAGUAUUUCAUAAUGAAUUUUAAUCUUUUUUUUUUAUUUAUUUAAUGAUUAAAAUUUUUUUUAUGACAAAUAUGAAUUGUAAAUAGGUUUUAAAUCUUCUUUUUUUUCCUUUUCUUUUUUUCCAUGGGUUGUGAACUGGUGGUUGAUUUUUACACACACAACCAGCUGCACAAACAAAUAGGCAUAAAAAGUUAGCAUAGCUAAUGUUUGGCAUUGACUCACAAAAAGGUAACAGUGUAGAUAAUUAAUGUAUGUACUAUUAAAUAAAGUUUAACUAUGCAUUACUGAGUUGGUUGUGAAGUGUAGGUCUGGUUAGAUUAGACUUCCCAGUACUGUGUAGUCUUGGGAAGUUUAUAGUAUAGUUUAUAAAUGUGUCUGAUUUUCAACCUAGCUUAAUUUCAUCUAAUUAGCUGCAAUGCAUAGUUGCAUUCAUCGUUAGAGUUUGUGUGUUCGUUUGAUUUAUAUUUCAUUUUGUUUUUGUCAGAUGCUUAAACAGGUUUGUCUUUAGCUCAUACAUUGAUAUUUCCUGUUCUUUUCACACGUGUAGCAGCUUUUCACACUGCAACGGUGUUUAGUUUAUGUGUGGGCACCGUAGUACUAUAUGCACUAGAAUGGAUAUUUUUUUUUAAGACUAAAAUUUAAUGGAUGUUAAAGACUGACAUUCUUCAUCAAAUUAUUCAGCAAAAUAAGCAAAAUGCAUUUAUUACUAUUAUAAUUAUUAUUGUUUUUAUUUUUUUUCAUUGAUUAAAAAUCUUCCAAUUUUGAAUAAAGGCUUUCCAAAA